AUGGAUGCGCAAGAGGCAACUUGGCAUAGAGAGAUGUGGAACGGCCAGGUGAAAAGAACAGACAUGGGGACUAAAAUGUUUUGCGAAAUAUCUCCACAUAUAAUGUUGAACUCACACGGCGCCUGGGAGAAGUUGGAUUCUGGGCCUACAGCAAUGUCAUUCUGGGAGUACCCUCUUCCCAGAAUAGAGAUUGCAAUUCUCUCCACAUUCCUAUCAUGGCGUUUCUUUGAUGUCUUGUUCAAGAAGUUAGGUGUUCCUAUUCCAAGGUUCACCUCCAUGAUGCUUGUUGGUGCACUCUUAAGCGAGACGUUUCAGUCGAGUAAAAUGUCAUGGUUUCGACAUAUCUUUGUCUGUGACAUUUAUAUGCCAAGGGUUGCUGAGACCAUUGGUACGUUUGCCUUUGUCCUAAACUGGUUCCUAAGAGGCGUGACUACGAAUAUUGGCAUGGUAAAAAAUUUCAGAACUAGGAGUAUUGUAAUUGGAGUCGCGGCAAUGAUAAUCCCAUGGUAUAUCGGAAAGCUAGUCUAUACCUACAGAGAGAAAUCUAGUGACCUAACGAUGACGAAUAUAGAAUAUUCUGUAAUUAUAUUAACCACGAGUAUGGCUCCCUUCACUUGCAUCAACAUGCUCCUCACAGACCUCAAGGUAGUUCACACUGAGUUCGGACAAAUCGCUCAGUCUUCGGCUAUGGUAACCGAUGUGCUUGCUUUUACCAUGACCAUAUCGUCUCAGAUUAGCCGUGACUAUUAUUCUGGUAUGCGGAUGGGAUUAGCUUUAAUGGUCUUCUUUGUUUCCCUGUACCUUGUACGACAAGCCAUGCUUUGGGUGGUCAGACAUACACCAGAGGGAGCACCUGUGAAGAAUAUCUAUAUCUACAUUGGUCUCCUGCUAGGUUACCUGGCUUAUAUUUUCUGGGACUACUUCUUGUUCUUCGGACCGCUUGGGGCCUUUGUUCUUGGUUUGGCUAUCCCAGAAGGGCCGCCUUUAGGAUCAGAGUUUAUAAGAAGAUUCGACAGUUUCAAUGAGGGCAUCUUCUUACCUCUCUUUGGAUCACUUACCAUGAUUAAACUAGAUUGGUCAUUUGUAAUAAAGGAGCUUGGAAGUGGAAGGCAUCUCCAUGGACAUACCUACGAGUGUCUUUCAUUCCUUUUCAUCAUAUAUAUGGCAAAAUUCACGACUUCUUUUUUAACAGCCAUAGCUUCAAGGAUGCCUUUGAGAGACUCAGCUAUCCUAGGUAUCAUUAUGGGCACCAAGAGUAGUUUUGAGUUGGCUUACGUACUCUACGCAUUCGAUAAAGAAAGAAUUAGCUUGGAGGUUUUCACGCUCAUGGGCAUAUACAUUCUCAUAAACUCUUUGUUAACGCCAAUGGCUAUACAUUUCUUGUAUGACCGGGAAAAGAGAUUUGCCUCGUAUGGAGAAAGAAGUCUCAAACAAAAGCCGGAACUACAAAUGGUGGUGUGCAUUAACAAGCCUGACAACAUAACAUCCAUGAUCAAUCUUCUAAGAGCUACUGCCCCAUCUAAAGAAUCCCCACUAAUGUGUUGUGUUCUUCACCUAAUAGAGCUUGUGGGUAAAGCUACUCCCACGUUUAUCUCCCACCAGCUUCAGAAACCAAAGCCUGGAAGCCAAUCUUACUCAGAAAAUGUCAUAAGCUCUUUCCAAAUGUUUCAAGAUAUUCACCUGGACUACACUUCUAUACACAUGUUCACCUCCUUAACUUCCACUAAAGAGAUGCAUGAACACAUUUGCUGGUUUGCUCUUGAUAAAAAUUCAAAUCUUAUACUACUCUCUUUUCACCGCAAUUGGGGACCCAGUGGUUAUGGCAUUAUCUCCGACGAUCAAACCCUAAGAAAUCUUAACCGCAGCGUCCUGAAACGAGCACCUUGCACUGUCGGAAUUCUUGUUCACCGGAAACCAAUAUGGCAACCCAAAUCCGUAGAAUCUCCAUGCAGGGUGUGCUUGGUUUCCGCGGGAGGGAACGAUGACAAAGAGGCAUUAGCAUUAGCAGAUCACAUGAGAGGUAACCCAAAAGUGAGUCUAACGGUGCUAACUCUGAUCCCUAUGUCUAUAGCCGAGGAGAGAAGCGGCGAGUGGAGCCAGAAUCAAAUGGUGGACACGUGCCUGGUUGAAGAGAGGCCUGGGGAUAAAUCGAUAACGUACAUUGUUAGAAUGGUGGCGGAAGGGGGAGAGACUUCAAAGAUUCUACACUCGGUGGCGUAUGACUAUGACAUGUUCAUAGUCGGGAGAAGUAGCGGGAAUGGUACCGAGGCCACCAAAGGACUAGGGGACUGGACUGAGUUCGAGGAACUUGGUAUCAUUGGAGAUUUGUUAGCAUCUGAAGAUUUUCCUUCUAGAGCAUCCGUCUUGGUCCUCCAGCAACAAGUAUCAUGA